AUGCAAAAGCAUUUAUGAAAAAUAGCAUUAAAACGUGAAUAAGGAUUGAUCAGCAUUUCUUCGUGUUUCUCCGCGUAUAUAACGAAAUAUGUGUGUGUCCAAAUCAUACGCGCUCUGAAAAAUUAAUCAUUUUAACGUAGGAAACAUACAUAUUUGUAAAUAAGACACAAUUUUAUUCCUUGUUACACAAUUUUAAGACAAGAAAUCCAAUAUAAUAUAUUCUUGUUGUUGUUGCUGCACCGUAAAUCGAAUAUGAGCAUUUGGAGCGUACGAUGCUUGAGUCAAAAAUUCAGUCGCCAGGCCUAUAUUUUAGCCAACUCAAGGAAUGUCUUGUCUCCGGCACAUCGUCUACCGGUUAAUGGAAUCAAUAGAACGGCACACAACAGUUUAUAUCAAAUGGUAAAAAAGCGCACCCUUGAAGCGCGUACAAAAUUACAAGCAAACAAAUAUCCGAACAAUCAAGCAUGCAUGACAGUCCCCACAACCACAGAGCUCGAAAAUGUUGCAACAGCGACGGAUUCAUGUGAACUCACUAUACCUUCCCGCGCCACGCCCAGUUAUCAUGAAUCACAAGCCCAAUUCAAAGUGGCCUGCCAGCAGGUUCCUGCAAAGGAGGUGCUGAAAUCGUCAGAAUGCCGGGAACCUAAAAUCGACACCUGCAGACAACCGCCGAAGGAUCCCUGCGAGGAGUUCAAUCGAAAGCGUCGGGAAGCAGAUUUUGGACGUGGCCCGGGUGGACCUUGUGGUGGCGGAGGCGAUGGUGGCAAAGGAGAAGACGACUCAUUUAAAUUGAAGUGCUUACUGGGUAUGUUGGCGGCUUUGUUGGCAGGUGGAUUGAUAGCGUGGUUGAUGACUCGGCGAUCAAAAACUGACGAACACAGUGAAGCUGAAGAUCAGGAGGCAAGCUUGAAGCGCGCGAAAUUAUCCGGACUUAUUACAACACCGCGCACUUCUGCCGAGUUGCCACAGCACGUGCCGUAUCUGAUUAUUGGCGGUGGCACUGCUGCGUUCUCGGCAUUUAGAGCUAUCAAAUCGAAUGAUGCCCGCGCCAAGGUUCUAAUGAUAAGCAACGAAUUCCGCAAGCCAUACAUGCGUCCGCCGCUCUCAAAAGAGCUGUGGUAUACGCCAAACGCCAACGAUGAUCCCAUUAAGGACUAUCGCUUCAAACAAUGGACGGGCUCCGAGAGAAGCUUGUACUUUGAGCCCGAGGAGUUUUUCAUGGAUCCCACCAAGCUGGAGGAUAGCGUAAACGGUGGCAUAGCCGUCGCUCAAGGUUUCACAGUUAAAAAAGUGGAUGCGCAAAAGCGCAUUGUGACACUGAACGACGGCUAUCAAAUCGGUUACGAUGAGUGUCUAAUUGCGACCGGCUGUUCGCCAAAGAAUCUUCCCAUGUUCCGUGAUGCAGCGCCUAGUGUGCGUGAAAAAAUAAUGGUCUAUCGUACGCCCGACGAUUUCGAUCGAUUGCGUAGAUAUGCAUUGGAGAAGCGCUCCAUAACCAUUGUCGGCAAUGGCUUCAUUGGCAGUGAACUGGCCUGCUCCCUCGCGCAUUACUCAAAGGAAAAUGGUGGUGGCAAAAUCUACCAAGUGUUUCAGGAAAAGGCAAACAUGUCCAAGGUGCUGCCAAACUAUUUAAGUCGCUGGACGAUGCAGAAGAUGGAAUCCCUGGGCGUUUGUGUCAUACCCGACGCCACGAUACGGGCGGCAUCACGCGAUGAAUCAAAUAUUAAGCUGGAACUUAAUAAUGGCAUGACACUCAUGUCCGAUAUUGUGGUGGUUUGUGUGGGCUGCUCGCCCAAUACCACAAUUGCCUCGUCUUCCGGCUUGGAAGUGGAUCGCAGUCUUGGUGGUUUUGUGGUAAAUGCCGAGCUGGAAGCGAGAAGAAAUUUGUAUGUAGCUGGCGAUGCCUCCUGUUUCUACGAUCCUCUUUUGGGCCGAAGAAGAGUUGAGCACCAUGAUCAUUCAGUGGUCUCGGGUCGACUGGCAGGCGAAAAUAUGACAGGAGCGAAAAAGCCGUAUACACAUCAGAGCAUGUUUUGGUCCGAUUUAGGUCCAGAAAUCGGCUACGAAGGCAUCGGCUUGGUAGACUCUUCCCUGCCAACCGUUGGAGUCUUUGCAUUACCCUCGGAAGCUGAUCGUCAUGCCGAUAAUCUGACAGAGAAGCGAAGUCAAGAGGACCCUUAUCCCAAUGAUGGUGCUGAUGGUGAUAUAUACAGCUCGGAUGGAGAACCUAUCAAAUGUGAUCCCGACGAUGAACCCCAUUACGGCAAAGGUGUCAUAUUCUAUCUCAAGAAUGACAAAAUUGUCGGCAUACUCUUGUGGAACUUAUUCAAUAGAAUAGGACUAGCACGUACGAUUAUCAAUCAGAACAAGAAAUACGAAGAUCUCAACGAGGUCGCAAAGCUCUUUGAAAUUCAUGCGUAGAACAAAAGACCAAACUAUGACAUUAUCAGUCUUGAGUACCGGGAAAAACGUCUGCUGCCACCGCCCUGCACCCCCGUCGAUGCUAUUCCUAUGCAAUUUAUCUUGUAUAUAUAUACUUGUAUGUGACCAGAGCAAAGAGCACAAUGCAACAGAAAUUUAGUGUUAUUAUAUAUUGGAAUAAAAUGUUUUGUAGUCAAAAAUUUA